UGUAUCACUGGGAACAAACCGGAGAUAAAAACACGGUAUAAAAGCAUCAUUUCAAAGCCAUGUUUCGUGACCACAGUGAUAGAGUGCAAAUCUUGAGCCUCGCAAAUGGCUACAGCGUACUUCAGGCAUCUUAUGAACGCCUUAAAGGUCGUUCUUGUUGGAGAUGCAGAAGUCGGGAAAACAUGGUUGGUUUCUCGAGCAAAGGAGCUCUACGCCACUUUGCACGAAUACUACAGUUUAAUGAGGGAACCUUUUGAUUAUGAUUUGGUUUACUCUCCGACCGUUUUUGAAACUUGCUUUAGCAACAUAGACACUACACAACUUGGUAAUUAUCAGACGAAUAUCUGGGAUACUGGCGGCUGUGCUAUCCUCGACUGGCAGAGGCCCUUGGCGUACAUUCGUGCCGAUGUCUUUAUGUUGUGCUUUGAUAUAUCCAAUCGUGAAUCGUUUCGUAGCGUCACAGAAAGGUGGCUACCCGAACUUCGAAAAUAUGAACCUGAUACACCGGUUCUUAUUGUUGGUACGAAGGCUGAUCUUCGAGACCAAACUGCAAGGUAAGUAAUUUUUCAAGGAAACAGCCGGAUUAUCGCCCCCAUGCCACCCCCCUUCCUCCCCGCGUUCGUCCCCCUUCCCCGAUUUCAAUCAUGAUUCGGGUUAAGCGCUCAUAAUACUGAUUUGGAUUAAACUAAAGAACCAUCUAAAGAGCUUUGUCAUUUAUUUCUUCUAGUCUUUUUAAAUUGUCUUUUUAUUUUGACAUUAGACUUCACUGGACAUGUCUGCAACAAUACAGAGCUUUUGCCAGCUCUCAGCUGGGCAAGAUUUGUGAUAUUUAGCCUGUGAACAGGCUCUCUGUUUGGGGAAAAAUAGCGAGGAAAGGGAAGGGAAAGGGGAGGAGAGAGCCUGUAGACAAACAUUUGAGGCCGCUAUUUCGCCCUCUUGUAAUUAUCCUGCUGAUCAUCUGUCAGUGAGAUCGUUAUCGGUCAAUCAAUUUCGCGCGUGAGUAACUCCUGGGAAAAUUAACAGGAAAUGAGUGGUGUUUUGCUCCGUCUGAAAACAGAGUGAAAUGGAGCAUGAACCUCAUUGUUGAUUUUGCAAAAAGUCGUUGAUCUCCAGUAAGAGGAUUUAAAACAAGCCGUUCGUCUUGCUAGUUCGGUUUGUUAUUUAACAAGCCGCUGCAAUGAGCGAACUUGGAAUGCGGAAGGUACAGAUGCUAUCAUGACUUCUCCAGAACGUGAAGCUUCGAAGAUAAGUACAAAGAGAUCAGCAGCCGGCUUCGAUCGCCGACAGGAAUUACAUGGUAGGCCGACACGACUUUUACUUUAUUCCAAAAUGCUGCUUGUUCCCAUAAGUUUUUUCCUCUGCGGGGUAGAUUAUUCUCUGGAAGGUUCUACAUUUUCACUGAGCAAAUGUGAUUUUAGCCGCUUGUUUCACACUGAGAGGUCAUGGCACACAUAUCGAUUUACUGUGGUUUUUGUUUCUGGUCGACAGGAUUUGCCCUCUGAUGCAAGAGCAUUUUCUUUUUUUGCAGCUGAAUAAGGGUCUUACUUUUCUCCAAAGUGCCUUCUCGAUCUGAAUAACUUAGCGAUUUUCUUUAGUCCGUGAAUGUAAUGAUUUUCUGCAAUGUUGUAUUCUGACGCCGGGCCCAGCUCGUCAGUGUUUAAAAAUUAUCACGGAUGGUUAUUUACAGAUCCAAAAUUAUAAGAUUGAAAUGCAGCUUAAACCGAAGCUACAUCAGCUAUGGAGAAUUGCAUUGUGCUUCGGUAACUAUAAACUCUAGCUUAGUGUUUUUGUAAAGACAGUUUGAGUCUUUUGACCGGAGGGCGUAGUUCCUGCCCGUGGUAAUAGUCGUUUGGACUGUUUUGUUAUUGCCACUCUGUGAUCAAAUCGCGUGCUACGUGCCAACCGAAAAGCGGAUGUCAAUCAGACCUGUCAACAGUCAGUGUUCUCGCCAAUAGGAGCUUGCAUCAGGAUCUGAUGCACAGCGGGUGCCGUGGAACGGCGGCCCCAAAGGUCUGUCCACAGGCCUUUUCGCUUUUCCCUCUCCCCACCCUGCUCGACUAAAGGCCUGUUCACAGGCUAUGUGAUAUUACAAAGUUUUCUUAAUGCUUGGGGCACCGUAACUGAAAAUUAUAUCAUCAUUUAGGUUUGGUGUCUUAGGAGACCGCAUACAUCCAAGAAAUUUUUCACUCGACACAAUAUUUUGUUGCUACAAGCUUGACCUCUUAUACUGAAACUUUACCUUGUAUUGUUUUCAAAUAAAGUGUAUGGAGUGUUUUCACAUGACGUCACGGCUGCCAUGUUGGUAUCCCAAAACAAUGAAACAGCGGCCAUGUUGGUGUCCCAAACCAAUCCCGUGGGAGUUGUACUCUUUUCUUAUGCAAACGAUUUCUUUUGUUCCAAUAAAUUUGCAUAGAUGCUGGCCACGUGAGUGAAAACACUCUAUUGGUCGACUGGUUUAUCGAUUGAUCUCAAUCACUUGUAGAUCACAUCAUUUUAAGAACUGUCAAUGUGACAACCCCUUAUUAAUGAAGUCCUUGUUUUAACGAACAAUUUUCUUCACCCCAGUGAUAGUAAAAAGUAUUAUGGAAAAAAUAUUGUCUUCUUUUUGGAUUUUUUUUUAACUUUUUGGCACUGUAUGGAAGUUUCAACCUGUAUCUGUCUCAUUCAUUCUACCCCCUUGUACAUCUCCCUAGCCUUUUUGUAAACACUGUAUUGCAUGCAAUCAUAUUAUUUCUUUUAGAAAACAAAUUUCAAGACUAAAACAAAAUUUAACAUGAAAUCGAAUAUUUCAUUCGAAUAGUUGAUUUUUAUCAGCGAUGUGAAAUGUCAGAUGGCAUACAGAAAGGCUGUUAUGUACACUGUAUUUCCAGGAACAUAUUGUUGUAGGGUUGUCUUUGUUUGAUGGCAAUGGUAGGUAACCUGACAUUUCAUGGUAAGGCUGAUGAAGUUUGAGCAAUCUAAACAAAUUAUAUGCUCUUGCUUACAUGUAUAACUUUUGCUCUGAGCCUUGAAAUUUGUAUACUAAAUGUCUUUGCCAGAGCCGAUUCAAAAACCUUUUUUGUAAUAUUAUUAAUUUUCUUGUCAUCUUGUAGCAGUGGUGAGUGUUAUGACAUGGUAUCAGUUAGUGAAGCAGAAAAGUUGGCAGAGAAGUUGGGUGUCCUAUACCAAGAGGUCAGUGCACAGACUGGUGAUCAUGUGGCAGAUGCUUUUGAAGCUGCUGUCAAGCUUGGGCAUACCAGAAGAAAUCAGCAGGGUAAACUGUCACAGAAGAUCGGCGAUAAAGACAGCUUUGAUCCAACUUGGAUUCCACCAAUAAGUGAGUAGCAAAAAGUUAUAUUCUUGGUGUCAGCCUGAGAAAAUAGCGGACAAUUCGUGAUGUCACCAACAUUUCCCUGCAAAAUGAUAUCUGGGAAAGAAGUCCAGAAAUUCUAUACUGAUGACGUGUCCUUACCCAGGUCUGGGUAGUAGUUCUGAUUGGUUGAAGCAAAUUUUAACCAAUCAGAAGCACAGAUCAUAGAAAGUGACGCGUCAUCAGUAUCGAAUUUCUGUGCUCGUUCCUAAAACUGUGGUGACGUUGUGAACAUAGGCUGUUUUCUCUGGCUAUCUUGAUGUGAGAGAUGGUGAAUUUCUCCAGAUUUAAAGUGAUGGUAAUGUAAUAUGGUGGGGAUGAUCACCUAGGAACAAACACCCAUAAGGCAAAGUAUCCCUAUGGCUAGGAACUAGUUUACCACUGAAAAAAAGAAUCCUUGAACCAAGAAAAAAAAUCAGAAAAAAUUUAGUCCUCAAAAGUGUAUUGAAAGGUCAUGCUUGUUUAUUCAUUAAAAAAUUAAAAUUUUGGAAAUAAUCUGUAUCAUCAAUCAAAUCAGGUGCACAAAUGUAGAAGACAAUCAGGUUUUUUCCACUCAAGACAAUCGUUACUUAGAUCAAGACCCACCCUCUUUUUGGAAAUUAUGGCUUGAAGUAAGUUUUUGUUUUAGAAAAGGCAUGCAGCAACACAAUUUCAUUGUUACGGAGUCAUCAUUAUCGCCACCAUCGUCCGUCUUUAACAUCAUUAACAUCAUUGUCAUUGUUAUUGUAUUAACGACUUCUUUCUUAAUUCUUAUGCUUACAGAGUCCCCCCCAGAAAUCAAGAUUGAACCUUCAACCUACUCUAGUGAUUUCAAGAAAGUCAUGGAUGACACUGGAAGUACUGAUGUUUUAUUUCAAUUUGAAGAUGGCAGUGCAAGCCUUUAUGCACACAAAAUCAUUUUGUUGUUAACUCCUUCCAUCUUUAAAGAUGUUUUACUUGAUGCAAAUUGCGACAACUUUGAAAAUUUCAAAGAUCUUCUUGAGCUAACCGAAAUCUCCAAGGACUCUGAUGAAAUAGCUCUUGAUGACUCUCGCUCAAAAAUUUCUACUCAAGUUAGAACUUGCAUACUCUUGAAAAGUUGGAUUUCUCAUGAAACGUUUAUCAGAGUUUUGGAAUUUUUCUACACUGGUGAGGCAGAAAUUUUAAAAGUCACAGAACUCAACAAAGUUAAAGACAUUUUAGCAGCCUCAGAGAAAUUAAAAGUCCAGCCAUUAGUGGAAGUUUGCAACUAUUUUUUGAAACCUGUCAGUGCCAAAAAGGAAAAUUUAGAUCACUCAGAUAAAGAGCUGGUGCCACUGCAACCAACACCACAACGCCCACAUGUUGUCCAUGAUCUGUUUCUGGACUUGCAAGCAACAACAUUUUCUGAUGUCUCAUUUCUUGUGGAGGAUACAGUGGUUCGUGCUCACAAGGCCAUUGUUAUGGCAAGAUCACCCUAUAUCGCUGCCCUUCUCAGUGGAAAGUUCAAGGACACAGAGAGUGCCCAGGUACCGGUAGUUUGUGACAUUAUUUAUUAGGUCCACAAACCAUACUUUAAUAACUUUUUGUUUCGUCCAGUAACAAAGAUCAAAAAUCAAGUGUUUCAUAUGAAAACAGUCUUUGAUACUUUUAAGCCUUUCUCUUCCUUCCAGGCUAUUUUGCUUUGAAGAUAUUUUUAAUCAAAUAAGUCACUUAUCUACCCUGGUCCCAGAGGUUUUUCUUGAACUUCUUCUUCACGAAAGAGAGAGCCAGCUGUGAAGCAGUGACAACAAGUCACAAAGUGACAAGGAGAGAGAGAAAAAGCUCUGGUUACCUUGCCCUCGAAUCUCGCUUUCAUGCAGACGACAGGGUCAUGAUCUGACCUGCGGGCACUGAUUGGUUGAUAUUUUUACAAACAUGCAAAUCAAUUUGAUUGGUUUGUUUGAUUGUAACUACCAAAGGGACGUCGCGGAUAUUUCUCACCUAAUUUAUUUUGGUAAAUUUUGCCCCUCUCCACCAGGGAAAAAAUUGUUUGUAGAAUAAAUAAAACUGCAAGAGGUGACUCUCUCCUCACUGUUUCGCGACUCUCUGUUGCCGCUUUGCAGCUAGCUUUCUCUUUUGUGAAGAAAAAUUCCAAGAAAAACGUUGGGACCAGGGUUUCACUCAUCAAUAGUUCAGAAGAAAUAGUUAUUGAGAAAUGUUCAUAGUAAGUUUGGAAAUUAUUUUUUGAUACACUGAAAUGCCUGCUUCGGUCAUCGCAUUUCACUUCUGACGAGUUUAACCCUUUAAGCCCUAAGAGUGAUCAGCAUCAAAUUUCUCCUUUUAAUAUCUAUGCUUUGUAAAACAGAGUGUUCGUGAGAAUUACCGACAUGAUCGCACAAGAUGAAUUUGCUUGAUAUUUUAUCAAGUUCUCCCCACUACUUCUGUAGGAAAUGAAUAGGGGCAACAAAUGAGAAUUCAAAUUUUGAUCUUAGGGUUUAAAGGGUUAAUGCUAAUGAAGAAAUUCCUUCGUUUUCGCUCAUUUGCACUGGACUCAGCACAUGUGAAUUGUGGCAUUUUGAGCCAAACCUGGGAGAGUUUUAAAUUUUGCAAACGUUUCUGCAGAAGACCCCCGAGACAUUUGGAUAGUCAUCCACAAGCUAUGAUCUCCAGUCCUUGCUAAGACCCUUAUCACAAAAUGUACCCUCUAAUUAUUUGUUUGAUUAUUCCAGGUGCAUCUGCAAGGAAUUGACUGCCAAAGUUUUUUGGCUGUCCUUGAAUACCUCUACACUGACAGUUGUCCUUCAUUGGAAACGGUUCCUGUGGAGGAAGUACUUAUUGUUGCGGAUAAGCUGUGUCUGUCUCGCCUGGUGCAGAUAUGUGAAGUUCACAUACAGAAAGAAUUGCAGAAGGUCAUAACUCAGAAAUGCUCUCAUGUAGCCAAUGAAUUCAUGGAUACUCUAGCUUUCUCGAAGGUAUAUAAUUAAUUCAAAUUGUGGGAAGUAGGCAGCUAGGGGUCAAUUUAAUAAAACUUUACGAGUGACUAUGUAAUUUACUAGUGUAGCUAUUAUUUUACGGUCUGAAAACAUUAGCUACAUUUGUAAAUUACACUUGUAAAAGUUUUAUUAAAUUGACCCCAGAUUAGAAUUUGGCAUGUAGACCUUAGAGGAAUUUGGCACACGCCCUGCCCUGCCCUCCCCCCGUGCAGCUCUUUUGUAUAGUGCAACUUAUCAACUUAUUCAUUACUAUCUUACUCUCUCCUCCCAGGUAUUCAAUGCUAAGCAACUGACCAAGUGCUGCCUCCAUUUUAUAGCCUUUAACUUCAAGUAUUUUCAGGGGAUUGGAAAGGAGCUUCACUCUGUCGUCAAAGAAAACAAAGAAUUCUUUGAAGAACACCGCUGGCCACCUCAAGAGUAUGUGCAGGCGCUGGAAAAGUACAAACGUAGCACUCUCAGGAAAAGACUUCAUGUACGGCGCAAAUCAGUUUCGUGCUUGUCCCGCAGGUGUAGUGUGAUGUAAAGAAACCACAAGAAUAUCAAAAUCAAAACACAAAUAAUUCUUUCUUGCUACUGAUGACAUAAAAUGUAAUUGGUCAGGAGAUUUGCUGGGCCUCAGUAUAACUUUGUCACCUAUUUGUAAUCGCAU